UCGUCUCCCUGUUUGACUCGCCCUUCCCCUUUGUGUAUGGAGCUGCAGCCCCACCUCCACCCCUCCCGGCGCACAGAUCUUCUGCACCUCCCAUCCCCCCAACCCCGGUUUCGGCUCCCGGGGAAAGCGCCGGCCAGGCCCACCCGCUGGGAUCUUCGGACGGAGAGUAGCAUCGGGAAUGCUUUUCUGUUGGGUCCCCAGCGUGGGCUCCUCAGCCAGAUCCAGCUUCCUAGAGGAGCCAUGUCUCCUGCAGCUUUGGGUGCCACCUGUUGUGCCGGGCGCACGCCGCUGAACAAGAGGAGAUGCCUUCUGGAUUCUCCGUGAAUGUUCGGAGGAGGAAUGCCAGAGCUGCCGGCUGAAAACUAUCCAAACAAAAGAAAUAUGUAGGCUGGGGACCCUGAAUCACUUCGUGAGAAUUGCUGCUCUUUGUUUCCUCUGUCUUAUCUCCCCCAGGAUGGACUUUCUGGUUCUCUUCUUGUUCUACUUGGCUUUUAUGCUGAUUGGUGUUGUUACGAUCUGCAUCUGCUCGAAAACCCAUUGCUUUAAAGGCCUGGUCAGAAGAGGAGCACAGAUAAUUUCGUAUAUAAUUCCAGAAUGCCUUCGGAGAGCCAUGCUAAGAUUGCUUCAUUACCUCUUCCAUACACGAAACCACACCUUUGUUAUCCUGCAUCUCAUCUUGCAAGGAAUGGUUUAUACUGAAUACACCUGGGAAAUAUUUGGCCUCUGUCAAGAGCUGGAGUUCUCCUCGAAUUACCUUUUUCUGCCUUAUCUGCUGCUGAUUGUAAACCUGUUUUUUUUUGCCCUAAGUUGUGAAACAAACCCUGGUACCAUAACAAAAGCAAAUGAAUUACUCUUUCUUCAAGUUUAUGAAUUUGAUGAAGGGAUGUUCCCAAAGAACGUAAGGUGUUCUACUUGUGAUUUAAGGAAACCAGCGCGAUCCAAGCACUGCAGUGUGUGCAACCGGUGUGUGCACCGCUUUGACCAUCACUGUGUGUGGGUGAACAACUGUAUCGGGGCCUGGAACAUCAGGUACUUCCUCUUCUACCUCUUGACGUUGACGGCCUCGGCUGCCACCAUGGCUGUGGUGAGCACUGUGUUUCUAGUCCAGCUGGUGAUGGUGUCGGACUUGUACCUGGAGACUUACAUCAAUGACUUUGGACACUUGCAGGUGGUUGACACUGUCUUUGUUGUUCAGUACCUGUUCCUGACCUUCCCGAGGAUUGUCUUCCUGUUGGGCUUUGUUGUGGUGCUGAGCUUCCUCCUGGGGAGCUACCUGUGCUUCUGUCUGUACCUGGCCGCUACCAACCAGACCACUAAUGAGUGGUACAGAGGUGCCCGAGCCUGGUGCCAGCAUUGCCCCCACGUGGCCUGGCCCCCGUCAGCAGAGCCCCAGGUUUACCGGAACAUUCACUCCCGUGGGCUUUGGAGCAACCUUCGCGAGAUCUUUCUACCUGCUGUUGCACAUUAUGAGAGAAAGAAGAAAUAAGAAUGGGAAGAGUGUUACUGCCUUUUAAAUAUAGUAUAUGUUUAUUUAUACA